UAAUUUGGUGUUUGUGUUACUUGCGGAUUCAGGAAUUGAGAAAUGAGGUACGAGAAUUAUUUUAUUAUAACAACAUCAAAAGCUUAACAUACUCAUUUUGCCAAUUUUGGUCCAAACAAAAUCUAAAUUAAUCAUUCGACUAGAUCAAAGGGUCUUAUCUUAAGAUUUUCUUCACAUGCCAUGUCAGUAUUUCACUAUUAUUAAAUAAUCAAAUUAUUUUUAAAAUUCAAUCAAAUUUAGUUAUUCACCCUUCAUACUUAUUUAAAACUUGUAUAUUUAUGCACCAUUUUAUUAUUUUAUUCAAUUCACACAAGGAGUUUUAGGUGAAGUCUUAGUUUGUCAAGACUUGGUUGAAGACUUUGUCAAAAACUCAUCCACUUCAAUGCUACAAAUUACUUUGUCUAAUUUUAAGACUAAGUGAAUCAUAUAUCACGUGGGAUCACGCUCUUACUCCCUGGUCCUUGAUUAGAGUCCAAACAAACCUUAUUUACCUUUUCCCUGCACUUUGGAUCCCACUCUCCCAGUAGUAGAAUCAGUUGAGUGAUGCCAGAAAUUACAGCUUUGUUAUGAAUCAAACGAAACAAAUCCACGCAUUCUCCCUCAGAACCGGCAUCAAUUACACUCAAAUUCUCAUCAACAAGUUACUCAAAAUCCCCAACAUUUCUUAUGCACGCCAACUGUUCGACCUUAUCCCUCAACCAACUACCAAUCAAUUCAACAAGCUUAUUCAAGCAUACUCUUGUCAUGGCCCUCAAAAACAAUGUUUCUCUCUAUAUUCCCAGAUGUAUGAACGCCACUGCCUCCCUAAUCCACAAACUUUCACCUUUCUUUUCGGUGCUUGCGUUUCUCUUUGCUCCCCUCGGCUUGGGAGGAUGAUCCACGCUCAUUUCAUUUUAUCAGGGUUUAAAUUUGAUGUUUUUGCUACAACUGCAUUAGUUGAUAUGUAUUCUAAGCUGGGUUUAGUAGAAUCUGCUCGUAAACAAUUUGAUCGAAUGGAAUAUAAAGACACACCCACUUGGAAUUCUAUGAUUUCAGGGUAUGCUAGGUGUGGGAAGAUGGAGGAAGCAGAGAUAUUGUUUCAGCUAAUUCCAUUUAAAAGUGUGAUUUCUUGGACAACAAUGAUAUCUGGGUAUUCACAAAAUGGACAGUAUGUAAAUUCCCUGAACACUUUUUUGUCAAUGGAGAAGAAAGGAGGAUUAAAGCCUAAUGAAGUGAGUGUAACUAGUGUUCUUCCAGCUUGUGCUAAUCUUGGUGCAUUGGAGGUCGGAGAGAGAAUUGAAAAGUAUGCGAGGCAAAAAGGUUACAUGGAUAAUCUGUUUGUAAGCAAUUCCCUACUGGAAUUGUAUUCAAAAUGUGGUAAACUUGAUAGAGCAAUGCAGUUGUUUAACGAGAUUCGUGACAGGAAGAAUCUGUGCUCUUGGAAUUCAAUGAUGAUGUGCUUUGCUAUACAUGGAAGAUAUGAAGAAGCUCUUCAUUUAUUUCGUUUAAUGUUGAGAGAAGGUAUGGUGCCCGAUGCUAUAACUUUUGUUGCGGCUCUGCUGGCUUGUACGCAUGGUGGUAAGAUAGCGAAAGGCAAAGAAUUAUUCGAAUCAAUGAAGGAUAAGUUUGGAAUCAUUCCAAAGUUAGAACAUUAUGGUUGUAUGGUUGAUCUUCUUGGUCGUAAAGGGAAACUCAAUGAAGCUUAUAAUCUUAUACAAACUAUGCCAAUGAAGCCUGACUCUGUGAUAUGGGGCACCCUUUUAGGGGCCUGUAGUUUCCAUUGUAACGUCGAGGUGGCAGAGAAGGCGGCAGAGGCCCUUUUUGAGCUUGAGCCGUGGAAUUCAGGGAAUUACGUCAUUCUUUCUAAUAUUUAUGCUUCAGUUAAGAGAUGGGAUGGAGUUGUAAAGCUGAGAAAGAUGAUGAAGGGAAACCAAGUAACAAAAUUAGCUGGGUAUAGUUGUAUUGAAGAGGCAGAUCAAAUUCAUAUGUUCAUUGUUGAGGAUAAAUCUCAUCCAAAAUCGAAUGAGAUUUACGCAGUGCUGGAAAAUGUAUAUUGCAAGAUCAUGAAGAAUGACAGUAAAGAUGAUAUUGAUUUGUUUGCCUUGAUUUAAUCUCGUUGGUCAAUUAUCUGGCUUUCCCAGUGGAAGUGGAUCAGCUACGUUUUGGCUGGCGUGCAGCGUAACUUGUCAUUGCAGCACAAUUAUAUGCAAACAGGUAAAUAGAUCGAACUCAUUACCAUAGUAUUUUUAGCUUUAUUACUAUGAAUCAGCUGAAAAAUCAC